UGGAUGGUCUGCAUUCGAUCGGAUUAUAGAGAUAAUAUUUGGUAUGGUGCAAAGAAAUUAAGUUGGAUAAGGUACCAACUAACCACUAUACCAAACUAUACUGACAUAUUGAAGUUUUUAAUAUGAGAAAAAAUUCAUACAAAAUUAUAGUCAAAAGGGUGAGUAUGAAAGAUUCGUAGCCUCCAUGCAUGCAUGCUGCAACAAUUUCAGAUGCUUGAAGGACCUGCUUGAACAAACUGCAUAAAUAAUCGUCUAUCAAGUCCAUUUCCCAUCCAUGGAAUCCAAUUUUUUCUUCUGGCCUUUUUGUUUUCUGGAAUAAAGAAACAGUUUAAUAAUUUUUUAGAUUUGUCAUUUUCACACUAGGUAGCCCAUCAAAAUAUAUUAUAGUUACUCGUCGUUUUCCUUCAAAGGGAAAAAUUAAAAAUGAAAAAAAAAGAAGAAGAUUUAUAAGCCAUAUAUUUGCAUUUUCGAACUCUCAAGAGUCUCAACCAUUUUUGUUUACAAACUCCUUCUAAGUUUCAGAUGCCAUUAAAAUUUGGUCUUUUAUGUCUUCUCCAAAAUAUUUCAGAGGUAAGACUUCUUCUGCAGACACUUUUUUUCCUUUUGAAGAAAAAUAAAUUUCAAUAAAUUUCCAUUUAUAUAUAUAUAUAGUUAGAGUUAUAUAUAAGCAUAUAGAGAGCAUCUAUCUGAAAUUUCAUUGGAUUCAAAACUAUACAUAAACACACAAGGUAUUGACUGUUGAAUUAAAUGUUGAUGACUGCAUGCUUAGAAAUUUUCAGAUGGACACAGAAGAAACACUAAAAAUAUAGUCCUUUCUGAAUGAAUUAAAGGGGGCUUUUAGAUCAUCUCAAUUAUCUGAUUGAAACUCUUUAAUUUUCCAAUUACUCAUCACAAAUUAAGAUGCCUUAGAAAUAAAGUGAUUAAUCUGCAAGUUAUAAAUACAAGAAAGAAAAAAAAAAGCCACAUGUAAGAAAAUUGCAAAAGAAUGGAGAUUUAAAGUAUAUAUAAAAUAAAAUAAAAUAAGUACAUAAUUAAAGCAUGAGAAAGUUGAGCUCAUCUUCAUCAUAAACUGUGCUAAUAUUUAACUUCUCAAUAUAAGAUGCCUUUGAUCAAUUCAAGAUCUUGAAUGAAUGAAUGAAUGUACAUAGAAAUAAAGUGAUUAAUCUGCAAGUUAAACAUAUAUAUAUAAAAGAAUAAAAAAAAGCACAUCUAAGAAAAUUGCAAAAGAAUGAAGAUUAAAAGAAUAUAAAUAAAAUAAAAUA